AUGAGUAAGGAAGAAACCAAGGUCUCUAACGAGGUAGUUGAAGAUAUCGUGGACACCAAGAAGGAGUCUAAGAAGGAGAAAAAGGAAAGAAAGAAGGAAAAGAAGGAAAAGAAAACCAAACUGGAAGAUGGAGAAGAUGAUGAAGACAAGGAUGAAGAGAAAUACACUGAAGAUGAUAGAAAGAAAUUUGAUGAAAUUGCCAUUGAUUUGAACGCCGGUGUUCCCUUAUCCAAGAAACAAAAGCGUUUGUUGAAAAAGGGUAAACUUAACUUGGAAAAGCUUGCCAAGAAGAACCCUGCCCCAAAGCCUGAACAGACUGAAGAGGAGAAGGCUGCUGCAGCUGCUGCUGAAGAACUCAAGCCUAAGAAGUCUCCAUAUGGUAUCUGGGUGGGUAACUUGUCCUUUGACACCACCAAGGAAGAUUUGGUGAGAUUUAUUGUGGGAAAGACUGCUUCCUUUAGUGAAGAAACCAAUGGAUUUGUCAAAAUUGAAGAAUCUGAAAUUUCAAGAGUAAAUUUACCAAAGAAGGAAAAGAAGAUUAAAGGUUUUGCAUACAUAGAUUUCCCUAGUGCUACACAAGUCAAGAGUGCCAUUUCGUUGAGUGAAUCCAUUUUGAACGGUAGAAAACUUUUGAUCAAGGAUGCUACUUCCUUUGAAGGUAGACCUGAUAAGGAUGCUGCUGCCACUUCAAACUUAUCGAAAAACCCACCAUCUAGAAUUUUGUUUGUUGGUAAUUUAUCAUUUGAUACUACUCAAGACAAUUUGGAUGAACAUUUCAGACCAUUUGGAGAUAUUACUAGAAUCAGAAUGGCAACUUUUGAAGACUCUGGAAAGUGUAAAGGGUUUGCCUUCAUUGAUUUCAAGGAUGAAUCCGGUCCUACUGCUGCAUUGACAUCCAAGCACGCCAAGAAACUUAUCAAUAGACCUUUGAGACUUGAGUUUGGUGAAGAUAGAUCCAAGAGAACCCCAAGAAUGAGAAAUAGAGAAGAUUUACCAGAAGGAGAAGUCAACACUCCAGUAAGAGAAAGAGAAGCACCAAGAGAAAGAGAACAAUUCCGUCAUCAUCUGGCACCAUCUGAAUCUGAUUUCACUCCACCACAACGUUCUGCACCAAGACCACCAAAGAGACAAUAUGAACAACGUCAAGAUCCAAACAAGAGAUUGAAGUCAAGUGUCGCCUUAGCCACCGCCCAAAGAGCUAGUGCGGCUAUUGUGCCAUCACAAGGUAAGAAGAUAUCCUUUGAUUAG